GGAAGGCUCCAGGCAGAGGGCGGCGGCGCCAUGGCCCGGAGCUGGCGGUGGCUGCAGGGGCUGGUCCUCACCUGGCUCCCCAUAGGCUGCCUCUCCCUGCUUGUGAUAGUGCAGGAUAUUGAGCGGUACACCACUUUAUUUGCUUCUGUGAUCCUCAAGUGUGACUACAGCACUUCAGCACAACUGCAGGAUGUAGUGGUGACAUGGCGCUUCAAAUCCUUCUGCAAGGAUCCCAUCUUUGACUACUACUCUGCCUCCUACCAGGCUGGGUUAGCUCUUGGCCAGGACCCAUCCAAUGACUGUAAUGACAACCAGCGGUCGGUGCGCAUCGUCAUUCAGAGACGUGGACAGAGCGAGCCUGUGCUAGGCAUAGAGUACAGACAGCGCAAGAUCACCAUCCAGAAUCGGGCAGACCUUGUGAUCAAUGAGGUGAUGUGGUGGGACCAUGGAGUCUACUACUGUGCUGUUGAGUCUCCAGGAGACACUGCAGGCGACCCAGACAAAGAGGUUAAGCUUGUUGUUCUGCAUUGGCUUACGGUGAUCUUCAUCGUUCUUGGUGCUCUCCUCCUCCUCAUACUGAUCGGGGUGUGCUGGUGCCAGUGCUGCCCCCAACACUGCUGCUGCCAUGUCCGCUGUGCCUGCUGUCCAACCCGGUGCUGCUGCAAUGAGGAAGCCCUGGAACGACAUCGGUUCAUGAAGCAGACUCGGACACUCAUGCCAUGGAUGACACACCACCCGUUCUACGUGGGAGCUGACAGGAACUCCCAACUCUCUUCUUACCAACUGAACCCAUUGCUGCAAAAAGAUGUCUCUCUGCAGAGCAGCCUCCCACUGGUGCAUUCACAGAGCCAGCUGCCCCCCAAAAACAACAUCCUGGACUAUCUGGAGUCUGAGAUCCAAAACCUCAACCUAUCCCAGCCCCUGCUACCCUCCCACCACUUUGGGGCCAACCAGCAUCCCAGCGUGCUCUCCUCCCUGAGCUCGGAGGUUGUGGAACGCAGGGUAAUCCAGCUGCCUCCCAUCACUGAGCUCAUCCCAUCCUCGCAGAGGAGCAGUAACUUGUCUCACCUGCAGCGAGCUGGCCAUGCUGCAGGACCCUGGGGCUCCACAAUAGAGGAUGAGAGGGAGGACUGGAGAAGACGCCAGCCCUUGGAUGGAGAUUCUCACUCCAGCUUCGAUCGGGAAUCCUGGGACAAGGGACGAGACCAGCCGCCUCAGAGGCAGGGGGAGGGCAGCUAUGAGGGCAGGCACCGGAGUUCGAGGCAGGAUGUUUCACCCAUGCGCCGACCAGACCGUGGUAGGUAUGGUGGCAUCUUCUACCCUGAGGAGGCCAGGGAGCGCUCGGGCCGCCGCUUUGACCCCAGGCAGCAGCCUGUGGAGAGGCAAAAGUAUCAACACUCCAACAGAAAGGGCAGCAGUUCAGAGCAGCGGGGGCGCCAGCAUCGCAGCUACUCUCCUCCAGUGCGGCGAGAGUCGUGGAGCUCAGCAGAAGAGCACAAUCGCUUCCAGGGGAACAAUAGGCAACGCCACCGUCGCUCCCCAGGUUGGCCAGAAGACAAGCCACCCAGUUACCGCUCACUGGAAAUCAUCCCAGCCAAGGACAGCAGACACAGAAGCAGCGUGGGACAGCAGUCGGAAAAAGGAAGUUCCCGCAGUGGGAAAAGCAUGGUCAUUUAACACCAUGGUGGAAGGACUGAAACUCCCAAUGGUUCUGCUUUGGGGCUCCCUUUUGCCCUCCCAGUGUGUAAUUUGGGAUGGCUACUUCUGACUGAAAAGGAGACCUGAAACAACUGGAUAAAAUAAAAUGUAGUGGAGACCAAGGAGGAAUCUGUGCGAAGGGUGCCAGGAGUUCAGUGGCUUUAUAACACCUGAAAACCUUCUUAUUCCUUCCUUACUCUAGAGACUUUGGUUUCAAACAGACCCUGGUUGUGGAACAUGGUCCCUUUGAGAGUAGAGCUUCUGGUGGCACUGAACAAAUAGCAUGUCCUCCCUCUCGGACUUCAAAUAUCACCAAAUGUUGUGCAUGUGGCCCUGAGAUUCAGCACCAAACAUUAGAAUGUUCGCUGUGACUAACAAGUGGUUGUUUCCUUUUGCCUCAGUGAGUUUCUGUGGUACAGCCCUUGAUGAAACUGCCAAGCAAACAAUUUACUGUGUGGUAAAGGAAGCGUCAGAAUACUAUGCGCACAUGCGGAUCGAAGUGCACUCUCUACAAGAGCGCACAGCAACUUCUGUGCUCGGAAAAAUGCCUGAAAAUUGCCAAUGCUUCCAAUUUAUAUUGACACAUACCUUAAUAAGGACAUGGAGAGGCUCUGCCUGGCCAUUUGACCCAGACUCUAGUGUAUUCAUGAGUUCAAAGUACUAAUCUACAAGGUUCUGUUAUCAUAGGCUGAUGCUGUUUUCGGGGGCUGAGCUAUGGGUAACUGCCAUCCUGGCAACAGUGGCCUGAUUUUCAAAGUUACCAAGCUCAUGCUUGUUUUAAGUCAAUGGGAGCUUGAUGAUACCCUGUCACCUCCAAAAAUGAUGACCUCUGUGGGUAUUUUUUUUGAGGAGUCCACCCUUUCCUGAGCAUCUCACGUGCUCUGCUUUCCUUCUUGGCCUCUGUCCUCC